AUGAGCGGCAGAGUUGGCGGCCUGAGCCCUCAGCAGGAGGAGGCACUGGCCCAGUUCCGGAAAAAUGUCCAAGAUGUGCUGGCCGAGCUGCGCAACCCCGAUGACUAUUUUCUCCUUCGGUGGCUCCGAGCUCGAAACUUUGACCUGCAGAAGAGUGAGGCCAUGCUGCGGAAGCACGUGGCAUUCCGGAAGCAAGAGGACCUGGACAAUAUCCUGAGCUGGCAGCCCCCCAAGGUCCUCCAGUUAUACGAUGCAGGCGGCUUUUGCGGGUAUGACCGCGAAGGCUGCCCCGUAUGGCUCGACAUCACUGGCAACAUAGACCCCAAAGGCCUGAUUUAUUCUACCAGCAAAGAAGAGCUGAUCAAGAAACGCACCCAGAUCUUGGAGUUCCUCCUUCGAGAAUGCGAGCUGCAGAGUGAGAAGUUGGGAAAGAAGAUCGAGACUUUCUUGAUAGUAUUUGACCUAGAGAAUCUGGGCCUGAAACAUCUUUGGAAGCCAGCUACAGAAGUCUACCAGGAGUUUUUCUCCAUACUUGACCAGAAUUUCCCUGAGACCGUCAAGAAUCUUAUUGUUGUGAAAGCUCCUAAAAUCUUCCCUAUAGCUUUUAACCUUGUCAAGUCCUUCAUUUCGGAGGAAACGCGCAAGAAAAUUUUGAUUCUGGGAGCAAACUGGAAGGAGGAAUUGCAGAAAUUCAUAAACCCUGACCAGUUGCCUGCAGAGUACGGAGGAACCCUAAGAGACCCCGAUGGGAACCCCAAAUAUCUGACGAAGAUUACCUAUGGGGGUGUGGUCCCCAAGAAAUACACCUCUCAGAAGCAGCUGAAAUUGCAGUAUGAGCAUACGGUGUCUGUCAAUCGGGGCUCCUCACACCAGGUGGAGUUUGAGAUCCUCUUUCCAGGCUGCGUCUUGAGGUGGCAAUUCAUGUUGGAUGGACCGGACAUCGGCUUUGGGAUUUACUUAAAGACAAAGAUGGGUGAACGGCAGAAAGCAAGGGAGAUGAUUGAAGUGCUGCCCAGCCAGAAGUUCAACUCCCCCCUGGUCCCUGAGGAUGGGUCUCUCAUCUGUUCCAAGCCGGGUGUCUAUGUCUUGAGGUUUGACAACACGUACAGCUUGGUCCACUCCAAGGAGGUCAGCUACACAGUGGAAGUUCUACUCCCUGACAAAGCCUCUGAAGAGAAGAUUGAGAAACUCUAAGACCAGUCCGACUGUGCCCACCAUUAAUGCCCAUUCCAAUCUUAUGUCCACUACUUGGUUCUUACCUCUUGCUGACUCCAUAUUUGUCCUCUGGCCUGCAUUCUCCACU